AUGCCUAAAAGCUGUGGUGGUGGGCCUUCUUUCAGGGAGUCAUAUGCCUGCUGCAACUCUGCCACUUUACCUGGCGUCCUUGCGUUUUUAGCUGAUUUCAGUUUGGUAUCUUUCUUCCAGACCCCCCUAAAGAAGACAAACGCUCUCAUUGCGCAGAUGGGAAUAACCUUCCUAAAUGCAUACGUUCCCAGUGCACUUUGCUGUCCCAGUCGAGCUAGCAUUUUAACAGGAAAAUACCCGCAUAAUCAUCAUGUUGUCAAUAACACCCUCGAAGGAAACUGUAGCAGCAAGUUAUGGCAGAAGAUUCAGGAACCGUACACCUUCCCAGCGCUGCUCAAAACUAUGUGUGGUUAUCAAACAUUCUUUGCUGGAAAGUAUUUGAAUGAGUACGGAGCAGAGGAUGCAGGGGGAGUAGGUCAUGUCCCUCCUGGAUGGAGUUUUUGGUAUGCUUUGGAGAAAAAUUCAAAGUACUACAACUAUACUCUUUCAGUAAAUGGCAAAGCACGAAGGCAUGGUGAGAACUACAGUGUAGAUUAUCUGACAGAUGUACUGGCCAACAUGUCAUUGGACUUCUUGGAGUAUAAAUCUAAUUUUGAACCUUUCUUUAUGAUGAUCUCAACCCCAGCACCACACUCCCCUUGGACUGCUGCUCCACAGUAUACGAAGAGCUUUCAGAAUGUCAGUGCACCAAGAAACAGCAAUUUUAACAUUCAUGGAAAGAACAAGCACUGGUUAAUUCGACAAGCAAAGACUCCGAUGACGAACUCUUCAAUACAGUUUCUUGAUGAUGCUUAUAGAAAGCGGUGGCAAACUCUGCUGUCAGUAGAUGACCUGAUAGAGAAACUAGUGAAGAAACUGGAACUGAACGGAGAAUUAGACAACACAUACAUCUUUUACACAUCAGACAAUGGCUACCACACUGGCCAGUUUUCUUUGCCAAUAGACAAACGGCAGCUGUAUGAGUUUGAUAUCAAAGUUCCAUUGCUAGUUCGAGGACCAGGGAUAAAACCAAAUCAGACAAACAAGAUGCUUGUUGCAAAUAUUGAUUUGGGUCCCACUAUUCUGGAUAUCGCGGGGUAUGACUUGAAUAAGACCCAGAUGGAUGGGAUGUCACUAUUGCCACUGUUGAGAGGAGACAAAAAUGUGACAUGGAGAUCAGACUUCCUGGUGGAGUACCAAGGAGAAGGAUACAAUGGCAGUGAUCCUACCUGUCCUGGCCUGGGACCUGGAGUCACGCAUUGCUUCCCAGACUGUGUCUGUGAAGAUUCCUAUAACAACACAUACGCUUGUGUAAGGACACUGUCAGCUUCCUGGGAUCUGCAGUACUGUGAGUUUGAUGACCGGGAGGUGUUUGUGGAAGUGUAUAACUUGACUGCAGAUCCACACCAGAUCAAUAACAUUGCUAAAACAAUCGAUCAAGAAAUUCUAGAAAAGAUGAACUAUCGAUUAAUGAUGCUGCAGUCCUGUUCAGGAGCAACUUGCCGUACACCAGGUGUCUUUGAUCCCGGGUACAGGUUUGACCCACGGCUCAUGUUCAGCAAUCAUGGUGUUCGGGCUCGGAGGUUUUCUGCACAGUCCUUGUAAGGCACUGAAGAGCCUCUUGCAUUCAGCUCCCACUGACCAGUUUCUCCAGUGACUGCAGCAGGUCUGUCUCUGUAACUCUCGCUGAUUGGAGCUGGAAGACUUUUAAUGGGCUAUUCAAACCCUGUUUGGAAGAAAACCCCUUGUCUUUAGCUGGUUGCCUUGUGCAAUAUGUAUAUUUUACAGCUGAACUGUAACUCUAAAUCAUUAGACACAGCUAAUCUGUCUUGCUCAGAUAGUUGAUUACCACCUUUGUCUUUCAAUACCUUUUCAUAUCACAGACACAGAGGUGAACCUUGCCUAUGAAUCUGAACAGUUUAUUUUUGUUCUAAAAAUCAAUAAAUAUGUAUUUGAGUUGAGUUAGGUAGGCAGGUGCUAUUGCACAGUAAUGCUCACCCAUAUUCAGCGCCAUAGACUUUCUUAAAAGCUAUUUUUAAUUAUAGGUUUCCUGUAUGGAGCUCAAAGCUGUUAAUGACAACAGCAAACUGGCCCAAAAUAGCAUAGAAAGGCAUUAGUCAAAACUGUAGGAUCUGACUAGCAAGUGUCUUGUGCGGAAUUAAAAUCCAUAUGCUAAACGUUCUCUUCCAUCGAGACCACUUCAAAUGAGACCAAUGAAUUUUGCAGGACAGCUUUGGUAGAUCGCAAACAAGAAUGUAAUUUGAACCUCCUUCUAGUUUGAAAUGCUAGAGUGGGUUACUAUGUACUACUGAAGAAACUCUUAGGGUUUAACAUAGGCUUCCUAGUGAGUUAAAAGAGUGUUAAGACUAACAAGUAUUCAAAUAAGCGUGCC